AUGCCCGCGCUCGUCAUGAUAACCAAGGGCUGGAAGCUGAGAUCAGGCACCGUGGUGGGUGUUGAGCGUGAUCCGAAUCCCAGGAUAAGCUUUAUCCAAGUCUCAGGUGGCUCAAUCCAGUCAUUUUCAGAUCGGCUGUUGCAGAAUAUAUGGCGCCAAAUCCUUUGCCGCAUCCGUACAGGCUUUUUGCACAGACUGCUGCUCUUUCGGAUGCGACCUGCUUCUGGCCUGACAGAAGUGGCCCAUGCCUCUGCUGUGGCCAAGGUUGAUCGCAAGUGUGUGACGAUUGGAGGGAGACUUGUGAAUCAAUUGCAGCAUGAUCCGAUUACUGGCAAAACCAUUGUCAAUGAUGAUUGUGUCCUACGUGACGUGAAUUUGACGCUGCAGCCUGGUCAACGCGUUUUGGUUGUAGGUGGUAACGGAGCUGGUAAAAGCACGUUGCUAAGUAUACUGGCCGGCAAACACUUGACGGCCGAUGAUACGGCAUUGAUCUUUGGUCGAGACGCUUUUCGAGAUACCAUUCUCAAUACUUUAAGGACUUUUGUGAGUGCUGACUGGGGUCAACGUGCAGUUGCAUUUGCGUCACACGCUAUGGCGUACUCAGCAGAUAUGGCUGUGGAGGAAAUGAUGAUCAAAAUGCAGAGUGAACAUUUAGAAAGACGACGGAAGCUACUCAAGGUGUUGCGAAUUGACCCCACGUGGCGUCUACAUCGACUGUCAGACGGUCAACGUCGCCGUGUUCAGUUGUUCUUGGCGUUACUGAGACCGUCACAGCUCAUUGUACUAGACGAAGUGUUGGGUAUGCUUGAUAUCAUUUCGCGUGAAAAUUUACUAUUAUUCUUGAAAGAGGAGACGGAGACUAGACAGGCGACGGUACUGCUGGCCACACACAUUUUUGACGGAACGGAUGUGUGGGCUUCACAUGUCGUGUACAUUCGUCGUGGUACAUUGGCCUUCUUUGGCUCUAUUGAAAAGUGCACAAAUAGCCAUACAAUUCCAAUGUACAAGGUAGUUGAGCACUGGCUUCGUGAAGAAUUGACUGAAGAUGACUGUGUUGAGAGCGAGGCAGUUGGAGUGAGCGGUGAGUUUGAUCUAGCGAACGCCCAAAACCGUGCAGGUGGAUAUGCGGCUGGUCGUUUGGGUGGCGUUGACAUCGACGCACUUUAA